AUGAAAAGGAGAAAAUAUCCUCCCUCUCUCUCUCUCUCUCUCUCUCUCUUUUAUAACGUCCAUUCCUUCUCUCUCUUCUUUCUCCUUCCUACCCUUCAAUACAUUCCCUCCUUAUUAUCUCAUGAAACCUUUCUAUCGGACGAUCUUUUUAGCUCUCAGUCAGAUUCUCUUUCUAUUUACAUGAAAAGGAGAAAAUAUCCACCCUCUCUCUCUCUCUCUCUCUCUCUCUUUUAUAACGUCCAUUCCUUCUCUCUUCUUUCUCCUUCCUACCCUUCAAUACAUUCCCUCCCUUAUUAUCUCAUGAAACCUUUCUAUCGGAGAAAAUAUCCACUCUCUCUCUCUCUCUCUCUCUCUCUCUUUUAUAACGUCCAUUCCUUCUCUCUCUCUUUCUCCUUCCCCUACCCUUCAAUACAUUCCUCCCCUUAUUAUCUCAUGAAACCUUUCUAUCGGACGAUCUUUUUAGCUCUCAUCAGAUUCUCUUUCUAUUUACAUGAAAAGGGAAAAUAUCCACCUCUCUCUCUCUCUCUCUCUCUCUCUCUCAUAACGUCCAUUCCUUCUCUCUCUUCUUUCUCUUUUUCCUACCCUUUUUCUAUUUACAUUCCCUCCUUAUUAUCUCUUGAAACCUUUCUAUCGGAAAAUCCAUCCCUCUCUCUCUCUCUCUCUCUCUCUCUCUCUCUUUCCUUAACUCCUUUCUUCUCUCUUCUUUCUCCCUUCCUACCCUUCAAUACAUUCCCUCCUUAUUAUCUCAUGAAACCUUUCUAUCAGCUCUCAGUCAGAUUCUCUUUCUAUUUACAUGAAAAGGAGAAAAUAUCCACUCUCUCUCUCUCUCUCUCUCUCUCUCUCUUUAUAACGUCCAUUCCUUCUCUCUCUUCUUUCUCCUUCCUACCCUUCAAUACAUUCCCUCCUUAUUUGAAACCUUUCUAUGAAACCUUUCUCAGAUUCUCUUUCUAUUCGAUCAUUUUUAUCCACCUCUCUCUCUCUCUCUCUCAGAUUCUCUUUCUUCUUUCUCCUUUUCCUUCAAUACAUUCCCUCCUUGAAAAGGAGAAAACCUUUCUAUCUCUCUCUUUUUUCUCUCUCUCUCUCUCUCUCUCUUUUCUAUUUACAUGA